CUGACGUAAACCUGCUGAAAGCCUCAUGUAAAGGAAGCAGAGGAGAGCGCGUGUCCGGAGGAGGAGUCUGCGUUUACUGGAGAUGUUUGCGAGCUGCUAAAGAAACAUUAACAUCAUGUUGAAGUUCAGCUUCAGGAGGGACAGAGACAAGCAGUUUAAGCACAUAGCUCCUGGUCUGAUCCCCGCUGCUUCCAUUGCUCCUAAGCCAGCCGUACCUCGAACCCCCCCUCCACGCAGCCCGAACCCCUCCCCUGAAAGACCCAGGUCAGCCUUGGCAGCGGCGAUCUUGUCCUCCUCGCUCACUGGACAGACGUGGGCCAUCCCCCCAGUCCGGCCCCGGUCCUUCUCCGACAGCGACCGCUCCCCAUCCCUCUGCUCCGAGCCCAACGCCGCGGCAGCGCUCUACGACAGAAACAGGUGGUCGUCUCCUGAUCAGUCCGAGGAGGAGCUGCAGGGUGGGAGGAGCGAGGAGGAGGAGCAGGAGCAGCAGGAGGAGCAUGUGUACCAGACUCUGGAGCGACUGGAGAGACGUUCCAUCACAGAACCCAUCUAUGCCCAGGCAGUGAAAACCAAGCCCGGUCCGGAGCUGUCCGGUCCAAACCGUCCCGGUACAGACCUGUCUGGUCCAGACCGUCCCGGUACAGACCUGUCCGGUCCUGAUCUGUCCGAUCCAGACCGACCCGGCACAGACCGGCCCGGUCCUGAUCUGUCCGGUCCAGACCGGCCCGAUACGCCCCGUCGGAGCGCAGCUCGUGGCCGGAGAGCGCCCUCUCCAGCCUCUGAGCAGCGCCGCCAGCCCUGGGAGCCGAGCGCCGCCCCCCCCCUGCCUGAACACAGCGAGGUGCAGAAGGACAAGAGGACGAGGAUGGGAGACGAUCAGAGGCUACUGGAGGAGAGGCUGCAGCGCCUGGAGCGGGACAUCGGCCAGGCCCCCCCCCACAGGAAGCCCUCCCCAGGCGGCCGGGCGGAGCUGCAGAGCCUGAGGCAGCAGGCCCAGGAGCUGGUGGACGAAAACGACGCCCUCAGGAUGACGGUUCACCGGCUCAACGUGGAGCUCAGCCUGUACCAGAGCCGCUUCCGGCCGCUGACCAAGCAGGAGAGCUCCACGCUCAGUGGCUUACCGAAGACGGGCCCUCCCCCUCCCUGGCUGGUGGACAUGAAGUACUUAUCUCCUCUGCUCCUGGCGUAUGAAGACAGGAUGAACGAGAGAGACGCACUCCUGCAAACCACCGAGGAGGAGGUGAAGAGGCUGCGUGUCCGAGUGGAAGAGGUGGUCGAAGAGAAUGAGAGGCUGCACCGCCAACUUUCAAAGCGAGGAGCUGUCAGCCAGAAGGACUGUCACCAGCUUCAGCAGCAGGCUGUCCUGGUUCUGCAGGAGAACCAGGUCCUGCUGGCCCAGCUGGAGGCUCAGCAUGUGAAGGCCAAGGCCAGCCACAGCAGGCACACCUCUGAAGUAACCAGACUGUCCAAGCAGCUGCUGAUGCUGGAGGCAGACAACCUGCGUCUGCAGGAGGAGCUGGAGGACAGCAGGAGGGGGGCGCAGAGCCACACGAGGGACGUCCAGGGUCUGCAGGCCCGCCUGAAGGACGCCGUCUCCUGGGACGAGCACUGCAGCAUCGCUGGCAAGCUCAGAAGAGAACUGCAGGAGCAGGAGAGGAGGAGCAGGACGGAGGCGGAGGAGGCGCUCCUCAGAGCCUCCGCACUGCAGGACGAGAACAGGAGCCUCCGGCGGGACAACGCCGACCUGACCGCCAGCGUGAGGACGGCCGAGUCCCAGCUGCAGCUCUGCAGGCAGGCCAACAGGACGGCUGACAGGAGGCUGAGGGCGCUGAAGCAGCAGCAGGAGGAGUGUGUGCUGAAGGAGGAGAAGACCCGACACUACCUGAGCUCCGUCAUCUCCGUGGCGGAGCUCAUCUCCCAUGAGAGGGACUGCGUGCUGCACAUGGCCUCCGCCCUGCAGCAGGACAAGCACAGAUCCAUCAGCAGGAUGCUGAAGGGCGCAGUCCGCCUGGAGAGACUCCAGGAGGAAGUCACAGUGUAUCGGAAGCAGGCGUCAAGCAGACUGGCAGCGUUGGAGGAGGCAGCCGAGGGGCAGACGGCGUCUCACCAGAGGGAGCUCCUCCACCUGCAGAGGCUGCUGGGAGAAAGACGGGAGGCGGAGGAGAAACUGCUGCAGUCCAAACGGGAGGUGGAGGAGGAGCUGGAGCUGGUGUGGCAGGCAGCCGUCAGGCAGAACCAGCACAUGGAGGACACUCUGGUGGACGUCCAGCUGAGCUCGGAGCUCCGCGGCCGGACUCAGUGCGGCAGUGACUGCCCGGACCGGAAGGUCCCGGCUCUAGACCAGACCUCACCUCCCCAGGCUCAGCAGAAACAUGGACUGGAUUAUUACUGCUGAAGGACUGAGGGAUCCACCCGUCAGUCUGGAGGACUGAGGGAUCCACUCUUCAGUCUGCUCCUCAUGACUCAGUCCUCUGAGGAACUGAAACCAAAGCUCCCGUCUGCUGUGAAGCUGCUCUCAGAGCCCAGCUUCCUCCUGUGUGAAGCAGCUGGUUUUCCUGUUUCAGAUGCCCUGUAAUGUUUUUAUAUCGAUCAUCUCAGGGUUAUGAAACCAGGUCAAACAGGAGAGUGGAGGGGUUUACAUUUCAACUGAAGAUCCAAUCUGACCAGCAGAGGUUCGACAAUGCUUCCACCUAGUGGAAACACUGAGUGGAAGCCACUGUCUCCUCCUAAAGGAGGAGCCAUGAAACCAUUGCCCCCCCCCCCGUCCUCCUCCUCCUCCUCCUCCUCCUCGGUAUCAGUGUCCUGAAAGUGGCUGAAACAUGUGAAACAUGGACAUCUGCAGGUUUUCAUCAAGGAGAGUGGAGCAGGCAGCAGUGGAUCCUCACAGAUCACUGAGCUGAGCCCUGAUCGCUCCUUUAUCCCCUCCAUCACCUCCGUCACCUCCGUCACCUCACCACACACACACACACUCCUCAAUGUGUCUAAUCUCCUGUCAGAGUAAAGACAUGCUUGUCCUGUUGCUGUUGGGGAUACUCUUCCAUUUCCACUGCAGUCAUCAUGAAGUGAAGGAACAGUUAUAUUAACUGAACAUCCAGCCGUUGUGACGUUUGCACCAAGCUUCUAAGAUGUUCUGCUAAAAAGCAAACCUAGCAACCUGUUCUGGAGAUACCAACACUCCCACAUCAGUGUCCAGUUAUUAUCCAGUUGGAAUGAAGCCCAGAGGAUCAUGGAAUGAAAUCUCUGUUACAUGGAAGAUCAGGAGAAAGAGCCUCGCAGGAGACUGUGGGUCCAGCGCUGAACAUUACAGCUGGAUAUAUUGAAAUAAACUCUAAUAAUCUGUACUACGUUGUUUUUCCAGAGCAAGUAAAAAAAAGAAAGAACCUGGAGGAGACGGCAGCGGGAGAGUUGCAGGCUCCAACGUUACAAACAUCUGAGCUGUUCACUGUUCAGCAGUUCACUGCACUGAUUCAUUUCAUCUUGUUCCACUUCACUUUUUGCCCUUUUCGGCAGGGGGGGGGCGUGAAACUGUU